AUGAUGAGUUCAAAACUUAAUUCUUUAGAAGAAAAAGCUCUUAUUGUUUGCUCUAUGAACACAUACCUCGGACUUGGCCACUAUUUUGGAUCAGAUAACCUUUCUGUCCGACCUGCCCAUGACUCAGCGGACAUUGAGAAGAUCUUGGUAGCAAUUAGCCUUGGCUUCAAAAAUGUCAACAUCAAAAUUUCUCACAGGGACAACAUCACUGUCUCGAAAUUUGGAAUAACAAUUUCCCUCAAGUCGUAUUCCCAAGUUUACGGGGAGAUGGCUUCUCGUGGGUAUUGUCAAUCAAAGGAAAAGAAAGAAGAGAAACUGAGAAAUCAACUCGUCGCUGCUCAAGAAUCCUUCGAGCACCUUGAGAAUAUCUUGACUCAAUUCGUGAUCAAAAAAGAGGAGGAAAUCGAAACCUUGAAAUCUGAAAAUCUGCUUCUCAAGGAGAAAAUCUCGCUUUUCCAAUCUCACGAUGGAGAAAUCAAAACGCUAAAAAAGCAUGUUUCCAUUGAAAAAGAACAAGUUCUUGGCUUGAUAAAACGCCUUUCUGAAAAGUCAUGA